GCAGUAUCUAUACCCUAGCAACCAUAUGGAUAUAUGUCAGCCACUUGGCAACCCUGUUCAGUGAACUUGAAUUUAGUUAUUUUCGUGUGCGCCGAUAAACUCAAUUGUGGUGAAAUAUCCGUCUCGAAACCUAAUCCGCGAGGAAAUUCUAUUGAAUAAUGGGCAACAGCGUGUCUCAGGGAGCUGCUCCCAGUGUUUCGGCCGCCCAACCGGUGGCCAUUGCAUCCUCCACUGCAUCCGGCGAGAAGCCCAAGUGCAAGGCCUGUUGCGCCUGUCCGGAGACCAAGAGGGCACGUGAUGCUUGCAUUGUGGAAAAUGGCGAGGAAAACUGCUCGGCGUUGAUUGAGGCGCACAAGAAGUGCAUGCGCGAUGCCGGCUUCAACAUCUAAAUAUCCCGCACAACUUGGAUGAGGGAGUUGGGACACAGAUACUAGUCCUGCAGACCCCCAGUUCCAAAUCCCAGCAUCCAAAGACCUUUCCACUGUUUGUUUUUGUUGCAUCUCAAGCUAAUUAUAGAACUAAAUUAAUUGAAAGCCAA